AUGUCCGUUUCUUCAGCCACUGUUUCAUGGACACCAUCACAAAGGUACAUCUGCGAAGUCCGUUGGGAUGCAGCCACAAGCGUGGGAAACGACCCGGAAGGGCGAAAGUUGAUGCUCAGUGGGUUGCGAUCGUUUCUUGGAGCAGCGACUGUUCUUUUGCUCUUAUCAUGGGUUUGCUCCUCGACGAUUUGGGUCAUCGCCAGCAACCUGUUAUCUCCCGUGUUCAGCACGACAUCUGCUGUGGAAGUUGAGGAGACAUUCCAGCUCGAUCACCGACGGCAGUCUCCUCGAAAACAACGCCUUGUUCGAAUUUGGACCCUUUGCGCCGUGACAGUAACUGUCGGACUAUGGCUACUGCGGCCUCAAGUGCCGUACAGUCAUAUGUCCGGCGCUCUUCCGUUUACCUUAUUCGAGGCACUGCGAUUGAAGUCUGCGAAACCGCAUCCGCUCGGUGAACAGGACUUCCCGCUACCACAGUUGAUCGGAGAAGAAUACUGGGAAGCUCCCCGGGGUCAUUUCAAAGGCUGGGCACCCGGAGGAGAUGAAAGCAUCGAUACAAGCGGGCGUCCUGAGUGGGCCUCUGUAUCUUUACCUCAUGGAUUUGAGCGUUGGGAAGAAAGACCCGAGCCUGUGCACAAUUCCGACGAUGCAAAUGGUCAAGAUGAAGAGAAGCCACGGCCGACGAGUUAUUACAAGCCGGCCAACGAUCCUCUACGGAUCACAAACCUUGAUCAAACCGUCGUGGAGCCAAUUGCCCAAGCUAUCAAAGCCCACGAUAUCCCUAUCAAUCAUGUCUUUCUGGUGAUGAUGGAGAGUGCCCGAAAAGACAUUUUUCCUUUCAAAAGGGAUUCUCAUCUAUAUCAAGAGAUCCUCUCAUCCUACCACAACCAGGUCCCAGACAUCAUUCAGCAAAUCAAUUCGAAGCUCUCCCAACUGACUCCAAUUGCCGAGCAAUUAACGGGUGAAUCGAGUGGUUUCCCCGAUAGCGGCAACAGGUCUGCUGCCCUGUGGAAGAAUUCUGCCGAGUUUGGAAUGGGUGGUAUCAAUGUCAACGGCAUCCUCACCGGUAGCAGUCUCUCCUUCAAGAGUGCGGUCAUGAACCAUUGUGGAGUGAGCCCCAUUCCGGUCGAUUUCAUGGAUGAAGUCACGGCGAAGAUCUAUCAGCCAUGCAUCAUGCAGAUUUUCGACUUGUUCAAUCGGCUGAAAGAGAACUCAACGGCCAGCCACGGGUCUCAUAUGGGGGUUAAUGAUCUCCAGGAACGCAACUGGACAUCUGUCUUCCUGCAGUCUAUCACUGGUCUGUACGAUGACCAGGACAUUCUCAACAACCAAAUGGGGUUCAAGAAAGCGAUUUAUCGUGAAGAAAUUGAGCGUCAUAGAGCAAAGCAUUACCACGCUGGCAUGGAGGAGAUUAACUACUUCGGCUACGCAGAACGUGAGGUGUAUCCGUACCUGCGGGACAUAGUUGAUGAAGCGAUGAAGAACAAGGAAAGACUCUUCCUUUCGCAUUUCACCAGCACGACUCACCACCCCUGGUCCACACCUUCCGAUUUCCAUGACGAGCAGUACUUUGCAGACGACAGCCUCAUGGACAAACAUGAGGACAUGAACAACUAUCUGAACACAGUCCGCUACGUCGACGGCUGGCUAGGAGAUAUUCUCCAAGUCCUGGAUGACACCGGUAUCGCCAAUGAGACACUAGUAGUCCUCGUAGGAGACCACGGCCAAGCCUUCCUCGAAGACUCACCCGUAUCAGGAACCUACGAGAACGGACACAUCAGCAACUUCCGAAUUCCACUCGUCUUCCGUCAUCCACUACUCCCCCAAAUCCAGAUCACGGCCAACGCAACGUCCAUGUCCGUGGUCCCGACGAUUCUCGAUCUCUUAGUACAAACCAAGUCACUCAAUGACAAAGACUCGACCGCUGCGCUGGACUUGAUUAACGAAUACGAGGGUCAGUCUCUCAUACGCCCAUACCUGGCCACACACAAUGGCCGACAGGCGUGGAAUUUCGGCAUCAUUAAUGCGGGCGGCACAAUGCUGAGCGUCGGGUCUGCGGCCGUGCCUUAUCGACUCAUUUUGCCAUUGACGGAAGACUUUGAAUUUGUCUUUUCGAAUCUGGAUACCGACCCUGAUGAACUACAUCCGUUGCGUGGGUGGUCAGCUCAGAAGUUGAUUACGCGGGUGAAGAGUAAAUACGGGGAGAAAGCCGGGCAGUGGGUGGAUGAGGCGGAGAAGGUCGGACGGUGGUGGGUUGCCGAGAGGAAGAGGCUGUGGAAUUUUGAGGAGUAG